AUGGCGAAGGAGACUUGCACGCCGGAGUGCCUGUGGGCUGAGCGGAAGCCGUUUGUGUUUUUGACAGUUGGAGUUUCUUCUCCGGAAAACUUGAAAGUGAAUUUGCAAGAAAAGAGUUUGGACUUUUGCUGCAGCAAAGGAGACAAACAGUACCACUGCCACCUCGACUUCCCAGAACCCAUCAACGUCGAGGAGAGCAAGUACAGCACUCAGCGGAACGUGCAGUUCAAGUUGGUGAAGAAAGAAGCCAAAAGAUGGAGAAGAGUUUGCAAAGAAAAGCAACAUUUCAUAAAGUGCGAUUGGAGCAAAUGGGUGGACUCCGAAGAAGAAGAGGGGGGCCCCCUGGGGGACUUCGGGGACUUCGACAUGGACUCGAUGGGUUUCGGGGGCCUCGGGGGGGCCCCCCAGGGGCCCCUCGACUUCGGGGGCCUCGGGGAGGGGGGCCCCCUGGGGGGCCCCCUGGGGGGCCUCGACAACGAGGACUCCGACGACGAGGCCGACUUGCGGGACUUGGACGCCCCCCUUGACCAGGAGGGGGCCCCCCCUGCUGCUGCUGCUGCUGCUGCUGCUGCUGCUGCGCCGGGCGAGCAGCAGCAGGCCGAGAAGGAGGAGGGCGCCCCUGCUGCUGCUGCUGCUGCAGCAGACGAGCAGCAGCAGAAGGCGCAGCAGCAGCACAACCAGGACGCCAGGCCCGAGGCCAAUGCGCGCUCCUAG